CUUCUCUCAUAAUUCCACACGCCAUCAAACAAAGAAACAAGAGCUUAAAACAUUAAACAGAGAGUUGCAAGUUUCAAACAGAAUCAAUAUAAAGAUGAGUCCUAAGGCUUUGAAAGUUGUGAUCUUUCUUGGUUUCUUGGCCACUUCAUGUUUCUCUCAAGCUCCAGCCCCGGCACCAACCACCACCGUUUCUCCACCGACGUCGCUUCCUCCCAUGACAGCAGAAACACCUUCUCCGGUUGCUUCACCACCGGUACCAGUUAACGAGCCAACUCCAGCUCCAACUACUUCUCCAACAACAGCUCCGGUUGCUUCUCCUCCUGGUCCUUCCGCUGGAUUAACCCCGACUUUGGCUCCGGCUCCGGGACCAGAUACCGGUGCUGAAGCGCCUGUAAGCGCCGCAUGGGCUAAUCAAGCUUUCCUCGUGGGAACAUUUGUUGCCGGAGCUCUAUACGCUGUCGCUUUGGCUUAGAGAGCUUUUGAGUUGAGCGGACCUUUGGUCCUCUGCUUUUCGAUUACUGUUUUAUUAAUUACUUCUUUUCGUUCGCAUGUGUAAUUUAUUAUUAUUAUUUGUAUAAUUCUUGUUGUGAUGAGGAUGAACAUAGAGACGAUAUGAAUAUCCAUUUAUAUAAAUUAAAACUAUUCUUUCAAAUUA